AUGCUGCGUCUCUCGCGCCUGCCGCUGCGCCCCUCGCCCCUCCUCCUCCUCGUCUCCGCCUGCCGCGGCGAUCCGUCCUUUGACUGCGAGGGCUGGGCGCGGAGCGGCGAGUGCAAGAGCAACCCGAUGUUCAUGGAGCAGCACUGUGCCAAGGCGUGUGCGACGGCUGCGCCAACGCUGGACCAGCACGGCGAGAUGGAGCAGUGCGCCGGCUGGUCGUCGCAGGGUGAGUGCACGCGCAACCCAAAGUUCAUGCUCUCGUCGUGCCCGAAAAACUGCGCCGCGCAGCGCGCCGCCGUCCACGAGGCGGCGCUCGACGAGUCGCCGGGCUGCAUCGACGAGGCGAACGAGGCCACGUGCAAGAAGAGCGCGCUCGCCCAGCGAUGCGCCGGCUCGUGCGAGGGCUGGGCCAUCUGCUCCAGCGAGGCGGACCCGGAGGAGUGUCGCAAGGCGCUGCGCUGCCGUGAGCUGACCGACCUCGACGCCGACUGCGCGGUGCGGGUCGGCUCGCGCGGGUGCGCCGGGCUAGAGCUGAAGCGGUGCUACCUCUCUUGCGCGAGGAGCGACCUGGCUGGCGUGCUGCGCCGCUACCGCGACCGGCUGACCGUGCGGACGCGCCGCUACGGCCGCAUCGACGAGGACGUCGGCCCGCUCGGCUUUGCCAAGGGCCGGUCGGGGGAGGAGGCCUACGUGGCUGCGCUCCUCCCUGGCGCGGCGGGCGCGGGGAACGCGCUGCGGCUGCCGGACGGAGGGGUGGAGAUGACGGAGGACCCGGUGGUUGCGGCGGUCACCGCGCGCGCCUCGCUGCUGACGGGCUACCCCGAGGAGCACAUCGAGCCGCUGCAGCUGGUGCGGUACGUCGAGGGCCAAAAGCCUCCUCAGGCGUGCGACUACGAGGAGAAUGCGUCGAACGGCUACCGGCACGUGACAAUGCUCAUCUACCUCACGGACGUGGCGGACGAGUACAAUGGGCACACCACCUUCCCCAAGCUGCAGCUCUCCGUCUCGCCCGCCGCCUCCUCCGCCGUCGUCUUCAACGACUGCCUCCCGAACGGCGACGUAGACCCGCGCACACUCCACGGCGGCUCCCCGCCCACAAACAGCUUCACCGGCGCAAAGGUGGCGAUCAACGUCUGGAUCCGCGCGGCGCCGUGGAAGAGGGCGUCCGAGCGUGUCGCCGCCAGCUGA